CAAAUCCAAGGGUCACCACACAUCAGAACUUAUCUCACGACAGAGUGCAAGAUAUAUAAAUUGCAAAGGAAGCCAAGGAAGAAGAAGAUGAAACCCAUUUCUUCUUCAGAAAUCAAGUACCCGAAGGAGGCGAUUUUGAUUAUCCCACAAAAAUUCAUAUAAUUCCUCAUCUUCAAAAUUCAUCAAAAACUACGUGUUAUUCCUUUUCUGUAUGAGAUAAAGUUGUUGAAUUGUUGCUUUGGGUAUCGUAAGCGUUUCUAUUUAGGUUCGCACGGAGCACAAUUUCUCUACAUUUUGGAAGAACAAUCGAGCAGAUCUUUGUUUUUUUUUAUAUAUGAAUCUGUAAAAUCUAGAGCUCGUAUUCCUGAGAAUUUUGUAUUUUAGAAAAAAAUUCUUUUGAUUGAUGGAGAAAAUAGAUAAAAGAGGAGGAUGUAAACAACAAGCAGAAACUACAACAGAUUUGUUUUUAAGAUGGGGUAAUAAGAAGAGACUUAGAUGUGUGAGAGUGAGAGAACCAGAUGAUACAGCCGACACAUCGUUUGCCGUUUCCGGCCGCCGUAGGAAUCGCCGGAAAAUCAACUCUCAUUUUGUUACUUUUAGUUCCGAUAAUGAGAAUAGAGAACCAUCUCUCCAACCUCCAUCCACCCGUCUCACAAGAAUAUUCCUUAUGGAUUUGAUGUCUGCAUCUUCUAAAAUCUACAACAUCAGAAAUUUUCAGAAAAAUCACGGAGAUCAGAUGACGGCUGAGGCAUCGACGACUCUAAGAUCGGAAAGCAACCGGAAAUCGUCGUCCGAUAAAGAGGAUAAGUAUACGACAAGAGGGUGUGCGGCGGCGGGGAUGGUUGAGAAACCGAAGGUCUCCUCCCUAGACGGCGGCGGAGGAGUAGAUGAAGGUUGUUGUAAAAGCAAACAUGUAUGGCCAAAACUGUAUAUAGCGUUAACAAGCAAGGAGAAAGAAGAAGAUUUCAUGGCGAUGAAAGGUUGUAAGCUUCCUCAUAGACCUAAGAAAAGGGCCAAAAUCAUCCAACGAACUUUACUUUUGGUGAGUCCAGGGGCAUGGUUGACCGAUAUGUGCCAAGAGAGAUACGAGGUCAGAGAAAAGAAGAGUACGAAGAAGAAACCAACGGGAUUGAAGGCCAUGGGAAGUGUGGAGAGUGAUUCGGAAUGAUAUGUAUAUUGAUUAUGUGGUUAUUUUGGAUGAAUUUUUGUAUAUCUUUUGUUUUAAUUUUAUAUCUCAAAUGAAAUUUAUGAUGUGUUUUUUUUUUUACUUUUAUAAUGUCUCAAAUCUCCACGACAAGAUGUGCUA